UAUUUUCUUCUCGACUACUGUUCUUUUUUCGUCCACCUUCUUCACGCUUUUAUUGCUUUUUCUGGUCUCCUUCUCAUAAUAGGAAAAGGCUCAAAAGGAGUGGACCUUCUGCAUCCUCGUCGCCCUCCUUUUCCACCUGCGCGAAAACAAUUGGGGAAUUCCAUCUCUCUUUGGCCGGAGUUCAUCUCAUCUUGAUUUCUUCUUAUUCUUCGAUCUGCUCUUUGCUUUUUCCACCAUCGAUCUCGAGAGGGGAGGGACUUGGGUCAAUCAUGGUGAGGGGGAAGACGGAGAUGAAGCGGAUUGAGAACGCGACGAGCCGCCAGGUGACCUUCUCCAAGCGGCGCAACGGCUUGCUCAAGAAAGCCUUCGAACUCUCCGUGCUUUGCGACGUCGAGAUCGCGCUCAUCGUCUUCUCUUCUCGGGGCAAGCUUUACGAGUUCUCCAGCUCCAGCAUACAAAGUACCAUUGCACGAUAUGGAGAGCGUUCAAGAGAAGAUACUAGAAAGUCAAUAAUGGAGCAAGAUGUUCAGGUGCAGGAGCAAGAUGUUCAGCAAGGGAAAAUGGAAGCAGAUUGCUUGUUGAAAAAGAUUGAGCUUCUUGAAACCUCUAAAAAUUUUCGCUGUUGCAGGCAGUUGUUGGGAGAAGAACUAGAGUCAUGCUCGCUUGACGAGCUGCAUGAUAUACAAGGUAACAUUGAACAGAGCUUGCAAAAGAUCAGAAAAAGGAAGUAUCAUUUGCUACAAGGGCAGAUUUCACAGCUCGAAGAGAAGGUAGCAUCCUUAUUAAAGGAGAAUGAAUCACUACGUGAACAGAGCAAACUACUGCCCCAGUUACCAACUGGUGCUUUCAAGGAAGUGACACCAUGCCCCAGUUACCCAAAUGUUAGCACGCAUGGCGAUCACAAUGAUGUAGAAACAGAAUUACGCAUUGGAUUUCCAGGAAGAGGAAGCCAUGGCGUCGCCGUGUAGCAAGGUCACCUUAGAGUCCUCACAUCACCAUCCCAUUAAUUGCAUACAGUUUGCAACAUGUAUACACAUAAUUACCACACAUUACUCGAUGGAAGUAAUUAAGUUGUUGUAUAUGUAGUUCACGUGGAAUGAAGAAUAAUUAGAAUUGUUUGUCGAUCGAAAUCACUUUUCCAUAACUUAUUAGCUAUGGCACAUUCGAUAGGUAGUAGUUAAUUUAAUCAACUUUACUCUUAUCAGGCAAA